UCCAUGGACACGGAAGCCGAGCUGCAGUUCCGCCCACGCACGGGCAAAGCGGCCUCAGCCCCACUCCUGCCAGAGGUGGAGACCUACCUCCAACUGCUCCUCGUCAUCUACCUGAUGAACAGCAAGCGGUACCCGGAGGCUCAGAAGGUGUCUGAUGACCUGAUGCAGAAGAUCAGCUCCCAAAACCGCCGGGCUCUUGACCUGGUGGUGGCAAAAUGUUACUACUACCACUCCCGCAUCUACGAAUUCCUGAACAAACUCGACGUGGUCAGGAGGGGGCUACGGACGGCCGCGCUGCGGCACGACGCGGACGGGCAGGCCACCCUCCUGAACCUGCUGCUGAGGAACUAUCUCCACUACAACCUGUACGACCAAGCUGAAAAGCUGGUCUCCAAGUCCGUGUUCCCCGAGCAGGCCAACAACAACGAGUGGGCUCGGUACCUCUACUACACAGGGCGCAUCAAGGCCAUCCAGCUGGAGUACUCGGAGGCACGCCGCACCAUGACCAACGCGCUGCGCAAGGCGCCGCAGCACACGGCCGUCGGCUUCAAGCAGACGGUGCACAAGCUGCUCAUCGUGGUGGAGCUGCUGCUCGGCGAGAUACCCAGCCCUCGCUCCUUCCCUGCCGCCCUGGUUUGAGCUAGAACUGUGCUCAGGAGCGUGUUCUCUCCUCCAGCUGUCAGGACUGGGAACCUGGCCAAGUUCAACCAAGUCCUUGAUCAGUUUGGGGACAAGUUCCAGGCCGAUGGCACCUACACCCUGAUCAUCCGCCUGAGGCACAACGUCAUCAAGACAGGUAUGAGGCUGUCGCC